AUUUGAUGAAAAGGAGAAUGUGUCAAACUGCAUCCAGCUGAAGACUUCAGUUAUUAAAGGUAUUAAGAAUCAGCUGAUAGACCAGUUUCCUGUUAUUGAACCAUGGCUAAACCAAAUUAUGCCAAAGAAAGACCCAGUCAAAAUAGUAAGAUGUCAUGAACAUAUAGAAAUCCUCACCGUGAAUGGGGAGUUGCUGUUCUUCAGACAAAGAGAAGGGAUUUUUUACCCAACACUAAGGCUGCUUCACAAAUACCCAUUUAUUCUACCACAUCAGCAGGUUGAUAAAGGCGCCAUUAAAUUUGUACUAAGUGGAGCUAAUAUAAUGUGCCCUGGCCUGACGUCUCCUGGAGCAAAACUUUACCCUGCUGCCGUUGAUACUGUUGUCGCAAUAAUGGCAGAGGGAAAACAACAUGCAUUAUGUGUAGGAGUAAUGAAGAUGUCAGCUGAGGACAUUGAAAAGGUCAACAAAGGGAUUGGUAUUGAAAAUAUCCACUAUUUAAAUGAUGGCCUUUGGCAUAUGAAGACAUACAAAUGAAACAAAAGGAACUGUGUUACUCCAAAGGAAUGCACUUAGAAUAAAUGUGGACUGCUUUGUAAUUCCUUGUUUUUAAUGUGACUGAAUGUACAAAUUAUUUCGUUCUGUGGCUAUGCUAAAUAAAUCAAGUGAAUGCAAAAGUA